AUUCACCUCAUUUGGGAAAUCACAACCAAAAUAGAAUAAACCCACCUUCUGUUGUCUUCUUCAACCUCGCCGCUUCCAGAUCCAGUGUUAGACCAUGGCUGGCAGCAAGGAAGCUGGCACUGCGUCUGGUGUCGCCGGAGCUUCUUCCCCUCAAACUGAUCCCCCAGAACAGACGGACCCUGUUGACAUCUUCGAAAACCGAGAUCUGCAAGAAGAGCUUUCUUCGGUUUGUAAUCAGGUACCAAAAGGCUUUUCAGAUCAAAUCUUUCUUGAAACUUCAGAUUCUUUAAUUCUGGGUCCUGUUUUUACAUCGACACCUCCCUCAAAUUUGCAUGCUCUGUAUCCUCAACCUCACAGACAUUUCCUCCCCUUCCAACUCGAACCAGACUGGGAACCUUGGCUUGGCAGAUUUGGGUCUUGGCCAACUAACAAAUCUGAUGAUUGGUCUGCCUGGGUUGCUCGGUUGGAAAAACCCUUUGGGAACACAUGGAAAACACUGGGUCUGUAUGAAUUUAUUCAAAUGACCACCUACCAGACGUCCAUGGAUAGGGUUUUGCUUGGAACUGCCUUGCUGUUUUGGUCUGGGUCUUAUAAUUGUUUUCAUUUCCCUUGCGGUGCUAUGUCUGUCACUUUACUUGACAUUUGCUCUCUUACUGGUCUGCCCUGCAUUGGAGAAGAAAUCACAGCCUUAUUGAGCGUCCCGGGUGCUGAUUUUGACACAAAAUCCAUUCUACCCUCCUAUAAUGCCUUUAUUAAAGCUAGCCAGCAACCAUCUGAAACCCCAGACGUGAGAGAACACACUGCGUUUCUUCUAACCUUAAUCUGCAAAUUCAUCGUCUGUGUAGCUGGAAAAGGACCCACCAAGGAGUAUAUUACCCUGGCCUUGGCUUUAGCUCAUGGUAGGCGACUGGCACUUGCUCCAUUUCUGUUGGCUAGCCUCUAUCAAAGUUGCUAUGAUGCUACUGUUUAUCCGUUCAGCCUCUGUGGUGGUCCUUUGUGGCUUUUGCAGCUUUGGUUGUACUGUUAUUUCCCGACUUUGGCUCCUAUUCUCAAGCCGCUGCCUACUGAAAAAAUUCUUACUUAUGGCAUGAUUUACAAAGAUGCCACAUUUGAAGACAAACCUGUCAGGACUUAUGAAACUUGCUUCCAACUUUUUGCUUCCCUCUCCAUCGAUAAACCAGAUUCUGAAUUUGCUCCAUUCCUAAGCAGACAAUUUGGGCCAGACUGGUAUAAGGCGGAAAUGGGAACAACAGACUUCAUUUCAACAUGGACAACCUAUGUGACUCCUCGAGAUCUGUUUAUAGGUUGUAGUAGCAACUGUAAAAAGAGUGGGGCUGAACUCUAUGCCCCUAACCAGUUCAGCCGGCAAUUAGGUUAUUGUCAAGGAAUUCCAGUACCUCCCAUGUUCUCUUUUAACCACUGCUUCCCUCUUCGCGACACCAUGAAAGGACCUAGUGUGGUCUCCAAGUGCUUAGCCACUUCAAUGCUUGCUCUUCAGAGUAUAAACCUCCAAGAUCCGCCAUUCAAACCCAAAUGCACUACGGCAUACAAGGAAUGGUGGAAGUCUUAUUUUACGCCAAGUUUUUCUGGUGCGGCCAAGAACUUUAUCAAUCUUCUUCCUUCUUCACAUUCCAGCCAGCCUGCAGUAAACAUAGAACCUCAGACUGAUGAUACAAUCCCAGAUUCUGCUGCUUCACGUCGCACUUUGGCAAAAAGAAGGGCAAUAGCCAAGCGGAAGGAGUCUAGCAUGGCAAGUCCUGAAACAAACAAGGCAUCCCACCAGGCUCCCAAAAGAGGAGGUAUCAAACGAGCAGCCCAGAAACCUCCUUCAGUUAAAAGGUUGGCCACAAUGUCUCCAUCUUCUCCUUCUAAAGCCUCCUCAGCUGUUGAUGUCCGUCUGCAGGGCUUGAUUGAUGAAAUAACUCACAAUCCCACUAUUAAAGACCCAAUUGAGAAGUCUCCCAGCCGCGAAGAUUCAGACUCCUCUCCUUCAAACACCCAAAAACUUUCAUCCAAGACGAAAGGUUCUCGCUCCUCCUUGCGGCUUGCUAACAAGAAUUUCAAGACUGUCAACCCAAAUGAAGUGAUCGAUCUCUCUACCACCACCAAGAAGACAACCACUUCCACUACAUCAACUCCACUUCAAGCCAGCUUUCCAACCCCCACAAUUUCAACUUCUCCAAUUACCAUUGAUGAUGCCAUGGAAGACGAAAUCUUUGCCAAGUUUGAGAAAUUGACAAGUCCUCCACUGUCAAGAGAAUCACGUCUGACAAGGAAAGGAAAAUUGGUAAUUGAGAGUACUGGCUCAGACACGCCAAUACCUAGCCCAGAACAGAUCAGCAUCGCUAUCCAGACUUUAGAUGAGCUAAUUAAUGGAGAUCCAGCAAAUUUCUACCGCCUUCCAGACCAGCCAACCAUCAUCAGCGCCGCUAAAAUCUUAAGUCACUCACCAGAUUUGUCUAUAACUCAGAAAAAAUUCUGGACUGACUUCCCUUUUAUCUUCACAGAUUUUUGCAGGCGCUUUGCGGUCAAAUCAGAUGCUAUAGAGAAAGCUGAGUUUGCCCGUAAAACUGUGGAUGAUGAGACUGCAACUUUGGUCAACAAGAAGGCAAAAUGUUUAUCCAUAAAGCAUGAUCAUGAAGCUCAGCUUAAAUGCAUACAGACCACACAAGGUGAAAUCCAGCGUCUUGAGGCAGAAUUAUCCAGACUCCGUGAACAGCUUUCUUCCCAGGAAGAAUUUGCAAAUACCUUGUCUGAUCAAAGGACUCAAGCAUUUGCUGAAUUAAAUUCUCACAUUGAUCAUGCCGCCACUUUGCAGCAGACUUUGCAAAGGCUUACAGACUCUGCUGACCAAGCUGAAGAAGAACUCACUCUCAUGAGGAUGGAAUGGAAUGACUGGCGCAACCAUUUUCCUUAAGUCUUUUGUUCAUCCAUUUCACUGUCUAGAUCAUUUCUGAUUCUGCAGCCUAUGGCUAUAAGCCACAUUAUAAACUUACUUUUGAACU